AUGUUUGGUAAUGUACUAAGGAGAUCUAUGGUAAGAUCAACCAAUGCCUUUGGUGUUCAACUAUCUGCUAAAAGAAUGUUGACCUCAAUGCCCCAAGGAAGCAAUAACAACAAUAUUUCUUUGAGCCCAAUAGUAUUAUCCACAAUAAAAACUGUUGGAACUUCUACUAACUUUUUUGGUCCUGUAUCUAAAUUAGCUCAGAUAAUUAGCCCCCCUUUUAUACAAGAAUCUAAUCAAGGGUUAAUUGAAGCGGAAGAAAAUGAGAUUUUUGCUGAUAGUGUUAUGAGGAAAAGGAAAAAAAAAAUGAAAAAGCAUAAAUUAAGGAAAAGAAGAAAGAGAGAAAAAGCCAAUAAGAGAAAACAAAGCCAAGGUAAAUGA